AUGGUGCUGAGGCCGGUGGUGGCGGCAGUGGCUCCACACGUGGGCGGUGGCCGUGGAGCCGCGGCCCUGCAGCUGCUGCAGGCGCUCCCCGGCACGAUCCACGGAGCCGUGGGGGCGAAGUGGGCCGCAGACAUCCCCCUGCUGCUGCAGCACCUGGCAGGAACAACAGCGAGCUCCCUGGACGUGGCCGAGUGGGAGAGCCUUCUGCUGAAGUUCCUGCAAACCUCUCUGGAGCUCAUUGCGAGCGAGGCCUGGACCGUGGGCCUGAGCCAGGAGCUGAGCCGGCAGCUGGGCAGCUCUCCCCGCCUGUCCUGGGAGAAGCGGUUCCUGUACAAGGCUCUCGGCACGGCCCUGGCAGCUUGUGGGUGUCUCCACCACGUGCAGGAGCAGACCUUGGAGCACCUGAAAGCAGCCAACUUCCUGGAGCUGUGGCAGGCGCAGGGCAUGGUUUCAGUUGUGUCCCGCUGUGCCGAGAGCCACUUCCAGCUGGCCUUGUCCUUGGUGGAGGAGUUCACGGGGACUUUGAAACGCAAGAAGAGCAAGGCAAGAAGGACCCGCGCUACUCGCGCUGCGCUGCUGGUGAUGUACGGCCGGAUGGCGCUGCGCGCCCCCAGGGAGCAGCUGCUCGCCCGUGUCGAGAGAGACGUGGUGGCGAAUGUCCUGCAGCUCUACCGAGAGGGCUGCCAGGAGGUGAUUCAGGAAGAGCCCCAGGAGUCCCCGGUGCACCCCCGGGCCCUCGUGGCCAUGCAGCAGUUGAGGUAG